AUGGAAAACUCUGAACAUUAUUCGAACUCAAUAUUUAUCAAAAAAUCUAAUUUAUUACUAAAUAAUAAAUUUUCAACCUUACACUCCUCUCAAUUAUUAAUAAGAAAGUAUCCUUAUAUAUAGCAAUUUAGAAUCGUCAUGUUUGUGGCAAUAUCUCAUACUAUGAAAACUAACAUAAUACUAAAUUCUAUAAACAUCAUUAAGUUAUAUUAAGCAUUUAGUUUUUUAUUUAUGAAAUUACAAAGAACCAUAUAAGGUUUGAUUCUCAACUGUAACUUUGAGCAUGAAGCAAAUCACAUAGCUUCGUAAUUAGAUUCAAUAGCAAUCUCAAAAUUUCUUAUUAUAUAAAUUAGGAGGUGGUAUAAAUUAUAAUUCUAUCCAAUUAUUAUAAACAUAAUUAAAAUAUCAUAUAAAUAAAUGCAAGCUCAACAAUCAUCUUCAUCAUAAAUCAUCCAAUACACAAUGUCUAAAAUUGAAGAAGGCUUCUUGGAAAUAGAGUGUCAAAUAGAAGUAAUUUUCAACUUCUUUUAUUUUCUAGUCUUCUUUCGCGCAGAUUGAUGAACUAAUUGACUCUAUUCUUCUUAUUCCCUUUAGAUAAGGGACUAAUAAAUUGGAAUCACAACUUGAAUUACCUUAAUUUCCUGAAUUUUCUAGCUCAAAAUUUGAUUACUCAUAACAAAUUAUGGAGAAUUUGAAGCCUAUGGUUAAUAAGAUUAUCAAAAAUAGAAUUCGAAUUAAAGAAUAACAGUUAACCAAAAAUAACUUUGAAUAGAAAAUUAUCGAUGAAGAGGUUGAAUCUGAUCAAGGAGAAAAUAUUUUUAAAAAAGAUAUUGAUUCUUAAAAUCAGUAAAUUAAACAACCUGAUACAUAAAAGGAAAUGAUUUAAGUUGAGAAUGAAUAGAAGUAAUUGGAAUAAUAAUUGAUGAAGAAUAAAUAAGUUGAAUUUAAAUUACUUGAUGAUUCAAAUUAAUAGCAUUUAUAAUGUUAUGCAAUAGUGUUUAAUAAAGAUGGAUCAAUUAUGAUUACAACUGAAAUUUGGAGUAUUAACAUUUGGAAUUUUGAAUAAGGAAGAUUUAAAUUAUCUAAUACUUAUACAGAACAUAAUAAUCCUAUUUAUUGUUUGGUUUAUAGCAAAAAGACAAAUAACUUUAUUUCUGGUUGNUUAAUCAAAGGUUUUAAUAUAUUUUUUGUUCCAAUGAUCCCAAACAACAAUGGAUUAUAACUUAAUAAAUAUAAUUGA